GUCAAUGCACUUACAGUCGAAGCCAAAGACGAGGUAGGCGGCCGACGGCCGACUUUUCUCUGGCCACCACCUGAAAUUGGACAAUUUCUUCAGCGGCGAUGGCAAUUGCCUGAGUGACAAACUGUUAGUCACCUCGCCGGUACUUCCAUUCCAGUUUGUUCAACUGCAACGCCAAUGCGCUGCUGUUACAUUAACAUUAUUAUGCACAAGAGCGUCGUGCACACAGGCAAAGAUUUGAUUUGGCGUGCAUGUCUAGUUUGGCUCGUUACAUAUUUAUUUUCUUGUGUGAGAAACUUGUUUUCUCGCAGCCAAACUGCUCUGCUCCUUGACUGUUGGACUGUUGUUGUUGGGCCAUUGAUGGUGGAGACUUCCGAGCUUCCGUUUGAGCGUGGAGCAUGGGAGCAUGGAGCAUGGAGAGCGACUAUAAAUGAAUAGGCUUGCCCAAAGCAGGCCUUACUUCGUGUGAGAUCUUUGAAGUGAAGGUGCUUCAGUCAGAGAGCAGUGCAUGUGAAACCGAAAGUGGACCAUUUAAAGUGUUUGGAUUUGGGUUUGACAUCAAAGGCAACAUGAGUGGCAUAUUGAUUCUGCUGUUGUGCAUCUUCUGUUCGAGUGUCACGGCCAGCCCCACAGCAGCACGUCGGGCACAGCUCCAUGAUGAUGUACAGCUGCUACACCCUCACAUAAUAACCCUUGAGCGUUUGGAGAAUUUGCUCAGGAGAGCUGGCGAAAUCUUUGGCCCCGCCAUUGAGGAAGACUCAAUGGCGGAAGCCAGCAGCCAUGUGCAGCAACAGGUGCAGCCGCAACAGCUAUUGUUGCCGCCCACAGAGCAACCGUAUAACUUCUAUUUGCCCCUCUUCGACUAUGUGGAUCCCAACCUGGAUGCCAAGAGCAGGCUCCUGGAGAAGAUAGCUCCUCCGCCGGAGUCGCAGAAGCAGGAGCACAAUUACUAUGCGGACAAGCCAAAGAAGAAGCCAAAGAAGUUCAAUGCGGCAGCCAAGCAUAUCAAUCUCAAUCUGAAGUGGUUGAAUACAUAUGAGAAGGCCAUGGGCGGGGAGACGCCCAAGGCACUCUACCUGGAGCAGGAUGAGCGCAAUCGCAUCAACUUUGACGAUUCCUUCUUUGCUGUGGACAUGCAGGUGAAGAUGCCGGAUAAUCAGCCACACAAAGAGGCUGGCCCCGGAGAACUUCUGCAGCAUGGCGAAGAGCAGGCGGAGGAGGAUCUAAUGGCGGCUCCUGCACAGUUCAAUUACGACUACAAAUCGAUUGAACAGGAUCAACAUCACUCAUAGAAAUUGUUCAUUUAAUUUUAGUCAUGAUAUAAAAAUACAGUAAUAAAUGUAGUCCAUGCGAGAAGUGGAUGGCUAUUGCGAA